ACACUCAAACUUACUAGUCGAAAUCUGACCUCCAUUUUACUUUCCCUCCCGGUAAUCUCGCCACCCUUACCCUCCAAAUUUUUUCCGUCAUUCUGUCAUCAUGUCCUAACACUCCUUCCCCACUCCCUUCCCACCCAUAAAAACGGAAGAAAAAGAAAUGACUGCCGUCGUCUUCCUCCUCCUUUCCAUCUCUCUCUUCUCCUCCUCCACCUCCGCCGCCUCUCCACCGCCUUAUCCCUACGGUGGAGUCGCCUACCACAUAGACUCCGGCAGCCCCACCGACCAAACCGACCCAUUCAACACCACCUGGCUCUCCGACCGCUUCUUCACCGGCGGCGCAACCUCCGUCGUCUCCGAGCCUCUCCAAUUCCACCACCCACAAGAGAAGACCCUCCGCUACUUCCCUCUAUCUUCCGGCAAAAAGAACUGCUACAUAAUCCCCAAUUUGCCCUCCGGACGCUACUACAUCCGCACCUUCACUGUCUACGACAACUACGACGGCAGGUCCCACUCCCCCUCCUUCGACGUCUCCGUCGAGGGCACUGUUGUCUUUUCCUGGCGCUCCCCGUGGUCCGAGGACCUCGCCCGCAACGGCGCCUACUCGGAUCUCUUCGCAUUGGUCGCCGACUCUGAGGCCGAUAUCUGCUUCUACAGCAUUGCCACCGACCCUCCCGUCAUCGGAUCGCUUCAGCUCAUCCGGGUCGACCCGGACUCAUACGACGCCGGUUCCAUCGGAAAAAACUACAUUCUCGUCAACUACGGCCGGUUAACCUGUGGCUCUGAUCAGUUUGGCCCCGGAUUCAGCAACGACACCGACCUCUUCGGCCGCUCAUGGCAAAACGACAAGGAUUUCAGAUUCACCGACGCCGUCUCCGAAUCCGCCGUCCGGUAUGUCUCCACUAGAAACACCAUUGCCAACACAGACCAGAGCCCCAACUAUUUUCCGAUGAAAUUGUACCAAUCGGCGACGGUCGUCGACGGCAAAGCCCUGGAAUACGAAUUGCCGGUGGACGCGAAGCUCGAUUAUUUGUUGUGGUUCCAUUUCGCGGAGAUCGAUUCGAGUGUGAAGAAGGCGGGGCAGAGAGUAUUCAACAUUCUCAUCAAUGGCAAGAAUGUGAAUCGAAUUGACAUAUUCAAGGAGGUGGGGAGCUUCGCGGCGUAUACAUGGCAUUACACAGUGAAGAACUUGAGCAGUAGUGUCCUGAAUGUGAAGCUUCAGAGUGUCGCGGGCGCGGCAUUGAUCAGCGGGCUCGAAAACUACGCUCUGGUUCCUGCUGAUGUUGCCACUGUUCCAGAACAAGUGGUUGCUAUGAGAGCAUUGAAGGAAUCGCUUCGUGUUCCCGAUAGGAUGGGGUGGAAUGGUGAUCCAUGUGCUCCGUCCAAUUGGGAUGCUUGGGAGGGAGUUUCGUGCCAGCACGAUAAGAAUGGAACUGUUCUUAUCAUAUCUGGAAUCGAUCUUGGAAGUCAAGGAUUGAAAGGGUUUAUCAGUGACCAGAUUAGUCUCUUGUCGAACUUGGUAAGCCUGAACUUAAGCUCCAAUUCUUUGGAGGGCGUAUUACCAUCUGGGCUAGGCCAAAAAAGUCUCAAACGGCUGGAUUUGUCGAACAAUGAAUUUACUGGGCCGAUACCACAGAGUUUAAUUACUUCGAAUCUCCAGCUUUUGCUAUUGAAUAAUAACUUAUUGGAAGGCAAAGUUCCAGAGGAGCUCUAUUCUAUUGGCGUCCAUGGGGGAGCCAUUGAUCUUUAUGGCAACAAAGGUUUGUGCGGCGUACCAUCUUUACCUGAUUGUCCUCUGUUUUGGGAAAAUGGCGGCUUAUCUAAGAAGGGUAAAAUUGCGAUAGUCGUAUCUUGUGUUCUUGUUUUCUGCCUGGUUGUGUUGGCGUUAUACAUAUUCUGCAUCCGAAGGCGUAGGAAUGAUUACGACUUCAGCCUACCUCAAGACUUAAUGGCGCUUUCUGCCAAGAGAAACAGGUAUCAGAGACAGAAGUCCCUGAUGCUUCUUGAAAUGGAGAGCCAACAUGCCAAGGCAUCAACUCCAUUGACUCCCCAGUAACGGCGACGCAGAGUUUUCUCUAAGCGGAAAGUAGCAGCGUUAACAUUUCACUCGCCAAGAAGAUAUACGAUGGGGGAAGUUACGGGAUUGCGUUCGUACAAAUUUCUCAAUCAUGAUGCGCACCAGCACCCCUCCGCUUCACGAGUUGGCUUCAUGGUUUUUGCAUACGUUCGAGCAGUUUUUUCCGGCACAAGGUCCUCCCGAAGCCAGUCCGCGCUUCAACAACAUAUCGGAAUUUUUUACUUACAAAAAAAGUGCAUAAGGCCCGAGCCAUUAUACCCUAAGUUUACGAGUUUAUUGUUGGAUAUAUUGUUGUAAAUUUAUAGUUGCGUCCUUGAGUCCAUGGAAUUGGAGAUAUUUUUCAGUGUCCGAUAACACAUUCCGGUUACCGGUACAUCAAGUGUCAUAAUACAAUUUGUUAGAAAUUAUUUUUUUAAAAAGUUUUUAAAUAA